UCAAGUAUUUGAUAUUGACGACUCAUUGUAAUGAGGCCACACAUUCGAACUAAAGAUCAUCUGCCAGUACUAAAAUGAAUGUAGAAGCAAAAAAGAGAUAAGGGAUGAGCAGCUAGCUUGUUAUUCUUUCCUUUACCCAUGCAAAAGAAACUCUUAACAUUCCUCAUCACGUUCCUUCGUUCCUCGGGCAUCCUCUAUUGGCUUGGUCAAGACAUUAUAUAUUUAAACAACCAUCCAAAAUAUAUCCUGUUCAUCAUCAAUCUUUCCUCAAAACAUUUGUCACUUACAACUGCCACAAAAAAUUUUUUUUUUUUUUUUAUAAAAAAAAAGUAUCAUGAGCUCCUCGUACCCAUUACCAACUCAUGCUAACCCUAGUCCGCAAAACCAGCCGGUCAAGCGGCACCACUCUGCCCGUUACUACGCCCAUAGGGUGCGAGAAAGCUUAGCAACGAGGGUUUCCAAGCUCGUCUGCUCCAUUUUCUUGUUCUUUCUUUUCUUGAUUGGCGUGAUCACAUUCAUCUUGUGGUUAAGUUUACGCCCGCACAGGCCAAGAUUUCACAUCCAUGAAUUUUCAAUUCCAGCUAUUGCCCAAGGAAACGGGUUUGAAAAUGCCCAGAUAGAUUUCAACGUCACUGCCCGUAAUCCAAACCGGGCGAUUGGGAUCUUCUACGAUGCAAUGCACAUUUCAGUAACUUACGAUGAUCAAGGCAUUGGGGCUACUUCUUUGUUGUAUCCAUUUUACCAAGGGCCCAAAAAUACCACAGUUCUUGCUGGUAGCUUGAGUGGUGCUACAUUAACCGUCACCAAUCAAAGAUGGCAGCAAUUUUUAGCUGAUCGAUCACAAGGAAGGGUAAUUUUCAAGCUUGAUGUAACCUCGACCAUUAGAUUCAAAAUUUCUUCGUGGGAUAGUAAGCAUCAUACCCUGCAUGCUAAUUGUCCGGUUGGAGUUGGCCCUGAUGGCACCAUCUUGCCUGAGUACAAAGAUAAAAGAUGUCCUGUUUAUUUCAGCUGAUUAAUCUGGAUUAAGAGAGGAAAUCCCAGAUAUUUUUUUCUUUUCUUUUUUUUUGGUUUAAAAAAAAUUAUUAUUAGUGAUUGUGAAUUUGAUGUAAGAUUCGAUGUUACUGUGAUCAAAAUUGAUGUAUACCUGGAGAGGUGGCAUUUCGUGGGAACAUGUUUCUCAGA